CGUUUAUUAUUGCCUAUUUCAGUCAUAUCUGAUUAAAAUAUUAAAAAAUAUAUUAUAUGUGAUUUCAGAAGAAUAGAUUUAGCUCCGCAUGGAAGAAUUUAACCGGACUGCGAUUAUACGACAAGCCAAUACAGAAAUAUUACACUUUUAUAAACAACAAUAAGGAAAUCGGAACACCUUCAAUUGCAAAGGAUGGAACGAAAUUAAGGGCGAAUAAAAUGGGCUAUUAAUGAAAUGUGUGGUUUUGUCGGUCUUGUUGACUUUUUUUUUGAAACGCAGACACACUGAUUCAAUAAUUCGACGUCUUCAAACAAUAUUAAUUAAGUGCAUCUGCUUGAAAUUAUCUACUUAAAGAGAAAAUCUCGUAAUGGACGCAGGAUCUGAAGAUAUUUCAAAUCAAGAUUUAUGCAGAAUUUGUACGAAAAAAGCUACCCGUCUGCUACCAAUAUUUGACCAAACACAAAACAUUCCGGACUUGGUUUGGUUACUCGCAAAAGUAAAGAUUGAUAAUAGUGAUAAACUACCACAGAAAAUUUGUUUGGAAUGUAUGACUUUCGCUGAACACGCAUUCGAGUUCAAGCAACGUUGUUUGAACUCCGAUCGAAAUUGGGAAAAUUAUGUGCAAAAGCAAAGGAAUAAAGAUCAGAGAUCAGUUGUCGCUAAAUUUGAGAUUUGCAUGCUUGAAGAACCGGAAGUCGAUUCUUCAACUCCUGAAAUCAAAAUUAAAGAUGAACCUCUUGGUAUACCAUCCGAAAAUGACGUAAAUGAGUUAAACCAAGACAACGAAAUUACCAAAAAUGACGACAAUAAACCCGUACAAAAACGGAAAGGUUCAGCGUUUGAUAAAAAAGAUAGAUUCGCUCGAGAGGUGCAAUGCACAAAAUGCAAUGAAAUGUUUGCCAACCAAUCAUUUCUUAGAUUACACAUUAACAGCGAUCACGCCGAUGAGGAUACUCCCAACGAGAAAAAAUUACGAAAAUGUUUCUUUUGUCCAAAAGAAUACUCAACCUUCGAAUAUCUAGGAAUCCAUUUAGGUUUCCAUAAACGGAAAAUAUGGGGUUGCGUUUUAUGCGGCAGAGGAAUCGAGAAAAAAUGUUUAUUCAUUGAUCACUUGCGAAUGCAUGCAAACGAACGACAUUACAAAUGUGACACUUGUUCGCGUGCAUUUACCUCACAGUCACAACUUACGGCGCACAGAAAAACGCAUAUUGCAAAUGAAGUGAAGAACAAUGGGACACACGACGAAAGUGAAUAUAUUGGUGUCGACGCUUUGACUCGCGAUGAGAAUACUUCAGAUAGGCCGAUUGCAACUGAGAAUUUGGAUGGCAAGCCAGCUACCUGUUCGAUCUGUAAAGAAUCAUUUUUAUACUAUAAAAAACUCCACUUUCACCUUAAAAGUGAGCACGUCCCUAUAGAUGACUCGUUACCCAGAAUUCACCAGUGUGUUACAUGUAACAGAGCAUUUAUGACCUUGGAGCAUUUAGUAUAUCACAUGAAGUUUCAUAAAGAAAAAUCCUGGAGCUGCCCGUCAUGUAACAAACAGUUUAGGCAUUUGUACUGGUAUAAAAUCCAUCAAUUAAAACACCAGAACGAUCCAAACGUCCCCUGCCCAUACUGUGGCAAAUUCUUUCUGCAUAAAAGUAAUGUGAAUAUUCACAUUAAACGUCACCAUAUGAAGCAGCAGGAGGAAGCUCCUAAAGAGGAAUAUGUUUGUGAAAUCUGUGGUGUGAGAAUAAAACGAAAGGCUUCUUAUGGCAACCAUAUGAAUACUCAUGGUGUAAAAAAACUACAGAAAUUAUCAAAAACUACAAAUUCUGCCGACAAAGGAAGAUUCACAUGCACUCUCUGUGGCAGGCAACAUCGAUCGUUGGUUAACCUAGAGAUACAUAUGCGUCGACACAACGGAGUAUCGAUUUGCUCCUGUUUGGUAUGCGGCAAAGGAUUUCCCCGUAAACACGAUUUGACUGUGCACAUGAGGAAUCAUACUGGCGACAAACCCUUCCAAUGUCCUACGUGCAAUAUGAAAUUUGUCACCAGUCCAAAACUACGAAUUCACAUGCGAGUACAUACCGGAGAAAAACCGUAUGCUUGUCCUUGUGGUCGCGCUUACUCUCAGAAACAGGAUCUGAAAGCGCACAAGAAACGAAAUACAUGCGGCCAAAAUUUCGACCUAAAUGAGUUGAACGCCAAUUCGCAGUGGUCAAUCCUUAUUCAGCCAACGCAGCGAAAGAACGACAGCGCAGGUUUCACAAAGCAGCAGGUAACAUAGGUAAACGUU